GCUAGAAAUGAAGAACGAGAACAACCAAACAUGCAAAGCACUUCCGAGUCCAAAAAUAUGGCGGCUCAAACAGGGUUGUCAACGCCAGCCUUUAUGAGCGGUAGUGAUGUCCCCGUAUUCCCCGCGACAGCUCUGUCCGCCGAGGCCGCCCCGUUCACUCCGCUCGGGAUGGAUGGUUGGCGGCUCGGCUCGCCGUCAGACGCCGAGAAACAGUUUUCCCGUUGCGCUACGAAGCUCAGAGCCCUGCGAGCGGACUCAGGGCAGCUCAGGGAGGAGCUCAACCUGCUAUUUGACCAGCUCCUGUCCGAGAACUACAACAGAACCUUCGAGCCCAGCAUCAACAUCCGACCGGAGGAUGUGUGCAGUCUGCUGAAACAUGCCAGUCGUCUUGUGCCGCUGAGUCAAGAGCAUUUAGUCAUCAAACUCUGCCAGCUUGUACAUCAUCUACUCAAUCAGCUGAAGGUAAUAAUGGACGAGCAGACGUUGGUUGUGUUGAUGAACUACACCACCAGUGCACUCAAAGUAUGCAGUACGUGGACACACUCGGAUGUCCUCCUGGCGCUCUCCACAGUAGUGUAUGGGAAUGGACCCCAGUGCCAGCAGCACCUCAGUGGCUUGCUGGGUGAAGACGGUGUCUUACUGCUGUAUAGUUCUCCAUCCCAGCCAAAUAUGGAGUUACGCCGUGUUGCUCUUACCUGCAUGGCCAACAUCUGUCUCAGGAUCCCCGGUCAGCCGCCUUUGGAUGAUGAAUGUAGAAGCGUAUGUUUCAAUGUCUUCCUGAAAACACUACAGUCACUCAAACCUCCCAACACUGAUGAGCUCUUCUACUGCAUGAUGAUCCAGGCUGCACUGAAAGGGCUUCAGUGUUGUCUCUCAGGCGGGAAGUGGAAAUUUGGCGGAGGGGAGGAGCUUGGGUCUGUACUGGCCUCACUUAAGAGGCUCAUGUUUCAGGGAACUCCAGGUGUUACUGUCGAGUGGCCGGCUGUGCUUUACCCAGCACCUCUUCCUCAGUACGAGGGUGUCAAUGCACCAAAAUUCGCUGAGCCGCAAAAACCCUCUGAACCACCUAAGGACCCCGGUGUGCCUGGAAAAACCUCAGGGAAUAAGAAGAGGAAAUCCAGAGGAAAGGGGAAGAAGACCAUCACUGAGGAGAGCAGAGGGAUUGAUGGAGAGGAAGAUGACCGAGAGGCUGUGCCUGCUCUUCAGAAGGGAGUGGCAAAAGAAGGAUGCAGAAGGGAGGGAGAGUGCUUGUCUAAACCCUCUGCCCUGUCUCUGUACCCCUCCUGGAAGAGGACCAGUUCUGACUCAGAGUUUUCUGACUCUGAAGGGAAUGCACAGAGCAAACUGAGGCUUUACCACGGUCGUGUGCGUCAAGGAGCGCUUCACUGUCUGCUCGCAGUGGUGAAAGGUGUAGAGAAGAGGACUCUGUAUGGGUACUGGUCCUCCUUCAUCCCUGACUCUCCUAUUGGGGGACCACCGCCUCUCACUCUGUUCACAAUCAUAUUGAAGGACCCCUCACCAAAGGUGCGUGCGUGUGCGCUUCAGGUGUUGUCAGCCAUGCUGGAUGGCUCCCGUCAGUUCCUGGCUGUGGCUGAAGACACGGCGUCUCCUCGAACAUCUUACACCCCUUUCUCCUUUUUGCUGGCCACUGCUGUCAGAGAACUGCACCGCGCUCUGAGUCUGGCUCUGCUUGCUGAGACCUCCCCUCAGACGCUCACACAGGUCAUAAAGUGUCUGGCCUACCUGGUGGCGAACGCACCCUACCACCGUCUCAGACCUGGUCUCCUCAGCCCUCUCUGGAAGCAGAUACGCCCCUAUGUGCGCCACAGAGAUGUGAAUGUUCGCGUGUCAGUCCUGACACUUUAUGGGGCUUUGGUGACGACUCAGGCUCCUCUCCCUGAGGUGCAGCUCCUCCUCCGACAGCCGGAGGGCAGCAGCACAGAGUCAUUCUUGCAGCAGGAUUCGGCUCUCAGCUGGAGGCAAAGAGACGGAGUGUCCUCGCCCUCUCGCACGCCAGUCACGCCCUCCCAGAGGAGUUCAUCUACACAAUCCCCCCGUGUUCCCCGCACGCCGGCGGAAGAGGGCAACUCCCCGCCGUGGCUGCUACAUCUGUGUGUGUCGCUGGUGACUCAGCCCAGAGAGGACCAAUCAGACAGCGAGGGGGCGGGAACAGGAGGAGGUCCUGCUUUUGAGCCCCCUCCUGUCCGACUUGAAGCUCUACAGGUCAUGUCCCAUCUGGUCCGUGGCUACUUCUCUCUAGUCCAAGCAUGUCUGUGUGACAUUGGGCAGGUGAGCGCCCGCUGCCUUGGGGAGACAGACCCCUCCAUACAACUGCACGGCACAAAGUUACUAGAGGAGUUAGGGAUGGGAAUAAUCCAGCAGUACAGAGCAGAGAAUAAUGUGCCCGAGAGCUCGAGGGUCCCCAUGAGCCAAGUGGUGCUGUUUUGGUCAGAAGUCUUGAGUGGUCCUCUGAACGCAGCGCUGCAGAAUGAACAACAUCCCACGCUGCAGACGAGCGCCUGCGACACGCUGUCCUCCAUCCUGCCGCAGGCGUUUGCACAGCUGCCUGACAAGACCCAGCUGAUGUGCAUAACCGUGCUGCUGGGGCUGACCUACAGUGAAAACUACUUGGUGAAGACAGCAGCGGUCAGGGCUUUGGGAGUCUACAUACUGUUUCCUUGCCUGAGAGAGGAUGUGAUGUUCGUGGCAGACACAGCCAACACCAUCCUCGCUGCUCUGGAUGAUCGAUCUCCAAAUGUUCGUGCCAAGGCUGCCUGGUCCCUGGGCAACCUCACAGACACACUUAUUGUUAAUAUGGAGAGUGUAGGUGUGGACUUCCAAGAAGAGUUAUCAGACAUGCUGCUGCUGAAAAUGUUGCAGGCCGCAACCCGAGCAUCUGCCGACAAAGACAAGGUAAAGUCCAACGCAGUACGAGCACUCGGGAAUCUGCUUCAUUUCCUGCGUCAGAGUCAGCUGAGCCGGUCUGCGUUCCAACGCCCGCUGGAAGAUGCAGUCCGUGCUCUGGUUAAAACUGUCCAAUCAGAUGCCACAAUGAAGGUCCGAUGGAAUGCCUGUUAUGCGUUGGGAAAUGCUUUCAGAAACCCCGCCCUGUCGCUCGACUCAGCGCCAUGGUCGUCUGACGCAUUCUCCUCCCUCUGCCAUGUUGUCACUUCCUGCAAGAACUUCAAGGUACGAAUCAAGUCUGCUGCUGCACUGGCGGUCCCCAGCCACCGUGGCUGCUAUGGAGACACGAAGCGGUUCAGCUGUGUGUGGCGUUCUCUCGCCACGGCGCUGGAGAACAGCGAAGACACAAACGACUUCUUAGAGUACCGCUACAGUGCCAGCCUGCGACACACGCUCUCACACGCUCUCCUACACCUGCUCAGUGUCAGCCAGUCACAGGACAUGCCAGCCCUCGGAGGAUCGCUGGCCUCGGAGGAAGGGAGGGCCAUCAAAGAGCAUUUGAUCAAAUAUAUCAGAGCAGAGGAGGGAGGAGGAGGAGAUGGGGAACAGGGAGAGAAAGACGCAGGGGGGGACAGUUUCACCCCUCAGCAGAGAGUUGGGGGUGUGCAGCAGACCCUGAUCAGACUGAAGGGGGUGAAGGCUGAAGGAGAGGGAUAUGCAGAGGAGGAAAGAGGUAAAGAGGUGGUGAUUCAUUUCCUGGAAGAUUUACUUAAGAUGUGUGAAGAGUCAUGAAGAAUCUCCUUUCCAGCUGCAGCGCUGGGUUUCAGAAAACUGCCUGAGAAGGACUGGUCUCUUAGGUUGGACAGAUCAGAAGAGAGAUGUCCAACCACAAACUAACUUAACUGAGGGCAAAGAUAAUCUUAACCCAUAUGUGUCUACAUUUUUCUCAGUGGUUUUAUGUAAUGUUAAUUGGGUCCCAUACAAACAUCUGUUUUCUCUAUUUUGUGCACUCUUUUCCAGAAAAUGUUUUUUGAAUGAGUGGCAGCUAUAGUUGCCUGUGGGCACGUGCCUUGUAUCUCCCCUAUAAUAAUAAAAUGUUAACUCAUUACUACUCUAAAUAGUAACAUCGUGAAACCACUAUUUGGUGAAUUAGUAUAGAUAGGUAAUUUCAUGUCUAUUCCUGUCAAAGUUACAAAAAAUAUACUGUAUAAUACACAAAAAGACACAGAGAAAUGCUUGUGAAAUCUUUCAAACAGGAAGUUCUUUGAACCAUUUAAAAGACUGCAGCCUUAUUUAUACAACAUAAAUAUUUAUGACACAAGUGAAAACCACAGCAAGUUUUUUUUCUCUCCUUGUUUAUGUCUAUGUAAAACAUUAGUGGGUCACCUCUCGUGGCCAUUUUGUGGAAGUUAUGUAAUUUGGAAUAUUUCUUAUUUUGCUGAACAGUUCCAACGCUGCAUCUCACGGAUGAUAGUAUUUAACUUGUCCUCCCCUGCAUUUGACAUCAUUCAAUCUUUCUGGUCUGCCACACAAAGCAGCACCGUCAGCCCUAACAUUAGCUACCAAACACUAGCAGUAAACUUUUAGCUAACAACUUAUCAAAAAAUUAACUGUUACUAAACAUUAGUCUUUAACUUAUCUAAUAUUAGUAAUUUAAAGUUUUACAUCUCCUUGUUCUUGUGUAUUUGCUAGCAGCUAAUUGAAAUAGCUGCUUGGACAGUAUGGUGUGUAACACUCUGGAAAGUCACUUCGUACCUCAGAAAAGGGGUAACAUCUCUGGAUUAAUUCCAGCCGGGGUGCCGCCCCGCUGACGGUGUAUUAGACUUUUCAGAUUAUUACUGUCAAGGCAUUUGCCCACAGGUAAUUAUGGUUGUGGCUUGGACAAAUGAAAUGAAAAAGUUUACAUCUGAUGUAAUAUUUUUGUUGUUUCGGUGAUGCUGGAGAUUUUCACGAUGAAGUAGAAACAUUCUUUGAAAAUGUCCUUAUGUUGGGAGGGUUUGUUUUUGCCAUAACCUCAAAGAAGGUGGAUCGGGACCUCAAAACAUCCUUUGACAAAAAAAUUAUUUUUGUUGUUGUCUAGUCACUUAACAAUGUUAUUUAAAACAUG